AUGUAUUUAUCUCUGCGAUUGGUCUCCCUGGCGCUAUGCAUAGCCCCGCUAGCAUCUGCCGGGAACAAUUCCACCCCCCUGGUUCAAGCCUGCACUGGCUACAGCUUCCCACGUGUCGCCUGCAUGUACCGUUAUGCGUCGAAAAUGCCCCUUGACUUCUACCGCAAGGCCAGCGUCGACAUCAGUAACGUGGACACUUACUCAUCGACCGAAGUGGCCAAUGACGACUCGUUCCAGCAGGUUGGGAAGGCCACAUUCCUAGUCUGGGAUCAACAGCGUGGUAGCGAAAUCCUAGGAUCCGACCCGGCGUAUGAUAUUGUGUUUACUAUCUCAACUGGCGGACACGAGGCGCCCGUAUAUGUCCCGGACACCAACGAGCUGUGGUUCUCUGAACUGGGUAAAGGAGAGCUACACCAGCAGGUCAUCAGUCUGGAUGGUGAUUCCCCUACCAUCUCAGAGGUUCUGACCGACCCACCUCUCUACGCUCCAUCCGGGGCCCGCUAUAGGAAUGGAAAGAUCUAUUUCUCCGCUGGAGGUGGCAAUUCCACCCUGGAAGGGGGUCCUUAUCACCCAGGAAUCUACUCGGUGGAUCCCAAAACCCGGAAAUCCACCAUUGAGGUCAACAACUAUUUUGGAUGGUACUUUAACCAGGUAAGCAUGCCCACUGCCCAUACGCGAGGCGGGUCCCCUUUGUCGCAUUUCUGCACAUUGGUGGAUCCACGCCUAGUGGCUCACGGACUAACUUUUCAACACAGGCCAACGACAUGGAUAUUGACCAACACGGUCGCAUCUGGUUUAGUGAUCCUUGUAAGUUCCUGGACCCGGGAUCUCACCUUAGUCCAUACUGAUGCAGCUAUAGUCCUCGCCCGCAACCACGGUACCUCGACAGUCGCCCCUCAGGUCCAGGCAUCGGUUUACCGUUACGACCCAGAAACUGGAGCAGUGAAUAUUGUGGAUGACACCCUGCAUUGUCCCAAUGGUGUUGCUUUCUCUCCCGACUACAAAACCCUCUACCUCACAGACACUGAUGCCGGUGUCCCCAUGAUUGACCCGAGAGUGCCAUUGAGCGAGGUGCCAUCGCUCCAGUACAACUCCACCAACCGUCGCACAGUCUACGCUUUCGACGUGAGCGAGGAUGGAUCGUAUCUCAAGAACCGCCGACCGAUCUACACAGCGAAGGACUUCGUUCCUGAUGGUCUUAAGGUGGCUAGCAAUGGAUAUGUGAUUACCGGGGCGGGCAAGGGUGUUGACAUCCUUGAUACCACCGGCACACCAUUGCUAAGCAUCCAGACUAACUUCACCGCCGUGAACAUGGUCUUUGGUGGUAAGAACUUGGAUGAGCUGUGGAUUGUUGGGCACGGCGCUGUUGCGCGAGCUAGACUGAACUUGACUGGUCCUGCUCUAGAGUAA